AUGGCUUCAAGAUCUCCGCCUGUAGCCACGCCGCUCCCCAAAUCCUCGGUCGCGCCCGAGAGUCCAAGAGACGCGACCGCUUCACAACCAAAGCCUUUCCCUUCACCGACGACCUUUGAGAUUAUCCCACCACUUCACGGCAUUCUCUCUCGUCUGCUUAUUCAAAAGCCGCUGUCCACCCAGCCCGGCGACGCUACCGGCGAGGCCAAUGGAGCUCUAGGAGCUUCAGGUGAUGCGCCGUCACAAGGUCAACAAGCUCCCACGAGCAUGCCCGGAUGUGGAAUCAACGAGACUGGAGUUUCACAAGCCGCUGCCGAUGUUCCUAUCCUCAACCCCAAGGCCUCAGGGCAUCUAGAUACCAAAGACCUUCCCACGGCAACCAGUUCGGUGAAGAUUCGGAUUCAGAAGGCGCGCGGCGUAGUCGAGGAGCUUCCAGAUGUGCAUCGAUCCGUGGAAGAACAAGAAAAUGAAAUCGAGGAACUUGAGGACCGCGUCACCCGUCUGCGGUCUAUUAUCUCAGACUUUGGGAGCCGCGCGGCGGCAACAUGA